AUGGCCGGAGCCGUGUUGUUUUCCUUCCUCUCGACCACUGCCGUUUCCUCUCGACACUGCACCUGCGGCGUAUGUGGCCACGCUUCUCGGGCCUUGGAGCGGUCCUCAAUCAUCUCCAUUGAAGGAGACAAGUGCUCUUAUGAAGUCGUGGGAGAGGGCAGGAGCGUGUGGCAGCGUCAUGUCUACUGUCAGACAUGCGCAAACUUUGAUCAGGUGAACGACCCCAUUUGCAUGGCGUGCGCUCGCCGCUGCCACGCCGGGCACGCGCUCGUAGCGGCGAGCGCCGCUGAUGACGUGACUUGUCAGUGCGGUGUCAAGCACCACAAAUGCCGAUCGCGUGAGGAGAUGGCGAGACGAAACGAGGAAAAGCACCAAUUCCUGGAGGACCUGCUCAGACUAAGUGCGCGGGCGCUCAUUGGUGAGCGCGUGCCACUGUGGUCGAGACAGUACUUCCGCCUCACCAGGGAGGAAUACCUACGCGACCUCGAGCAGCUUGAGAGCGGCGAAGAGAGCGAGGCCGUUUGGCGAGCGAAGCACGCCGCAGAAGAGGACAAGCUGAACAGCAAGGUGUCUCGAAUGUUUGCUUGCUUCUUCGCGUCGGGCGAGCUUGAUCCGGAGGUGUUCGAUCUCUUAGCUGAUUUGGUCGCCGAAGAGAGUGGCGGUGAGAUUACCCUACGACGGCCCACCGAUACCGAGUUGGAGGACUUGGCGGGAGCGUUCGGCGAGAGCUCUUACUACGCCCUGCUUUGCUCGCCGACGUCACGCCCCUUUCCCAGGGAAGGCAAGGGUCUGCUCAUCCUCCCCAAUCCUCCUCACUUCUACUUCUUCUGA